CAGGAAUUGAGCAGCCCUAUUAAUUGAGUUGACAAUCAAGUUGAUCGUUUCUCACCUGCUGCGGCCGCCACCAUCAAUUUCAGACCCAUACGAGUACUACUAAAUACUAAGUGCCUUGCCCACAGUUAGCCUAAUGGCAAUUUCAAUCCCCAACCGCUCCAUUAUAGUAUCUAAAGAGAUUCUUGAAGGCAUCGAAGGUGCACACACUAUCAUAUCUCAGCUGAACUCCUCGCGGUCAAUCACCAAGCUCAAGUUAAAUAACAACCGACUAGGAGAUGACGGUGUAUCUGCACUCUUUACAUUCCUUAAGUCUCCAGCGGCCUCGCGGCACCGCAGGUCGAUAUCGGAGAUCCAUCUCAACGAUAAUGGCAUAGGCUGCCGAGGUUUGCGCGACAUUGCAGACUAUGUGAAUGGAAAUGAAGUAGCACUGAAGACAUUGUGGCUCGCAAACAACACGAUAGAACCCGAUACCGAUGUUCUGGCCUGGUUUGCCGCCACAGUAAAUCACUCUCGCCUGGAGUUCCUUUCGCUCACGGGAAACCAUAAGCUUGGCGAUGCUGUCGUUGAGACCUUCUUUCGCCAUCUAAGGGCACCCUACCUUCGGGAGUUGCAUGUUAAUGCCAUGGGACUAACUACGCGUUGUGCACCUGGACUCGCAGAGUGGAUUUCAUCAGGACACACUGGCGGAGCGUGUUCCCUGCACACUCUCAAAUGUAGUGGUAAUAACCUAGGGAUCAAGGGCGUAUGGGAAACGGGUAACUGGUCACUCAUGAGCGUGGAAGCAAGCACAGAGCUCCCAAAUGACAACUCCCCCAUUCAGCAAUCAGGGCAUUUGGCAUCUUCUGAAACGGAGGUGUCAUGGAAGGAUGCAGAACGUGCUCUUCACCGGGUGCUUCACCGGCGAAACGCUUAUUGGAAAAGACAAGUAGAGAUGGAGGCAUUGAAUCUUCUAAAGUACUCCCGGACUGUCAUUCUUCAGUCGAAGGCUUCUCUUUCAUCUGCGGAUCAACACCCUAUGAAUGAUUUUGCCAGCGAAUCGUUUCCAUUUCACAAUCUUCCUGUGGAGCUGCGCCUCCACAUCCUUGCGGUCCUCGCUCCUUCAUUAUCUUGUGCACAACGCACCCGCAUCUAUGAUUACGCUGCCGACCCUUCGACUCUUCCCCCGCUUCUACCACGUCUACAGCGAGAUAUUGGCCACGGGUGUAUCGCAGAUCCCUCACGAGCCCUUGGAGCAAGUGUAGGAUUUAUAUUGCACAGCUCAGGCGGUUGUGCUGAAGGGAAGUGUAUGGGUACUGGUAACAGUCUUGUGUGCCGUCGGGACGCAGAGCGCGCCAAAUUUCUAGAAGCUGUUGGAUGUCGUGCAUAUGAGCCUGAAUGCGUCACUUGAAUGCGGUAGGAUCACUUCGGAGGAUAUUUGUCGAUGGUAUUUCAACGACAUUUUAUUUAUGCAGUUCCAGUGUACAUACCAGUAACUUGUGACUCUACUGUAUAUCAGGACAUAGUGUAACAACCUUUAUUUCCACUUCACGGUACAUACUAUUACCUACUACCAGUUCGUGCGUCCCUACAUCCCGUGCAUCCUCAAACUUUGUCUGACACAGAUCUUAAGUAAA